AUGUACUCUUCUGUGGUUCCCUUUAAAAACCAGCGUUACGACGUGCUGAAGAAAGAAUGUCGGGAGAACAAAAAGCUCUUUGAGGAUUCAGAGUUUCCCUGUACCAACACGUCCCUCUGGUACAGAAACCCUCUGCCUGGGAGAGUGGAGUGGAAACGACCCGGGGAGAUCAGCGAGCACCCUCAGCUCUUCGUGGAGGGCAUCAGUUCCCACGACCUGAACCAGGGUGACGUGGGGAACUGCUGGUUUGUUGCUGCGUGUUCCUGUUUGGCUCUGAAACCAGAAUUGUGGCAGAAGGUGAUUCCUGAUUGGAAGGAGCAGGAAUGGAAUCCCAAAGAUCCGGAACACUACGCAGGAAUCUUCCACUUCCGGUUUUGGAUCUUUGGGCAGUGGACGGACGUGGUGGUGGACGAUCGUUUGCCCACCAUCAAUGGCAAACUCAUCUACUGCCAUUCAAAAUCCAAUAAUGAGUUCUGGAGUGCGCUGCUGGAGAAAGCUUAUGCCAAGCUGUCGGGCUGUUACGAAUCUCUAAGCGGAGGGAACACUGGUGACGCGGUGAUGGAUUUCAGCGGCGCCGUAAACGAACCCGUUAACCUGGAAACAGGGAACUACCGGAGCGACCCCAAAGCUCGGGAGAAACUCUUCUCAGACCUGCUGGCGGUGUACGAACGUGGAGGAAUCAUCAGCUGCUCUAUAGUGGCCUCUGCUCAUGAGCGGGAGCACCGCUUGGUGAACGGUUUGGUCAAAGGUCACGCAUAUUCCGUCACGGCUGUGAAGAAUGUGCGUUUGGGACACGGCCUGCUGGCGUACUUCAAGAACGACACCAUACCCCUGAUCCGCAUGAGGAAUCCCUGGGGCAAACACGAGUGGAACGGAGCCUGGAGCGACAGCUCAGAAGAGUGGCAGAAGAUUGGAAACAUGGAGAGGAAGAACCUGGGCAUCACAGUGCAGGAUGAUGGAGAGUUCUGGAUGUCCUUCGACGACUGGUGUCAGAACUUCACCGAUGCAGACGUGUGUCGGCUGAUGAACACGUCUCUGCUGAGCGUGCAGAAGACGUGGCACGAGACGGCGCACUUCGGCAGCUGGACCAAACACUCUGAUCCUCUGAAGAACCGGUGCGGUGGCUGCAUGAACCACAGACAGACCUUCCUCCAGAACCCACAGUACGUCUUGGACGUAUCCGAAGAGGAGGAGGAGCUGCUGAUAUCUCUGGAGCAAAGGGAUAUGAAGAUCCACCGACCUCAGGGUGCUGGUGAAAACCUCACCAUCGGAUUCGCCAUCUUGAAGGUGGAGCUGAACAGGAAGUACCGUAUGCACGACAUCAUCACCCAACAACUGGUCGCCACGUCGACGUAUAUAAACGCUCGCUCCGUCUUCAUGAGGAAGAUUUUGUCCGAGGGGCGAUACGUCAUCAUCCCAUCCACCUUUAGACCCGACGUACCGGGAGAGUUCAUGCUCCGAAUUUUUACUGACGAGGACCCCGACUGCAGGGAGCUGGUCCUGGAUCAGCCCCGGAUUCACUGCUGGAGCUCGUUUUUGGGAUACCCUCAGCUGGUCUCUCAGAUCUACGUUCAUGGAGCAGAAGGGCUGCAGAAUCAAGACAGAAGCGCGGAUCCCUACGUCAUAAUUUCCUGCGAGGGUAAUUCAGUCCAGUCCAGAGUUCAGAAGGACACGCUGGAGCCGCUGUUCGAUGUCAGAGCCGUUUUUUACAGGAAGAAACCCCGCAAACCAAUCACCAUCCAGGUGUGGAACAGUAAUGCAGUGAAGGACCAGUUCAUGGGUCUCGUGGAACUUCCAGCUUCUCUGAAGGACUCAGCAGAUCCACAGAAGCUGAAGCUCAGUAGAGGAACUGGACAAACGGCCGGGGAGAUGUUAGGAACCGUCAGCCUCAGGGUGGUGACCUCCAGAGAACUGACCGCCAUCUAACCAUACAGUCUGGAACACUACUGUGGGGACACGCUGCAGGAACACACUACUGCAGGAACACACUGAUACAGGAACAUACCACCGCAGGAACACACCACUGCAGGAACACACCGCUGCAGGAACACACUGCUGCAGGAAC